UACAGUAAUCUCCAGAGAUUCCCGGCUAUGCAAUAACAAACCGUAGUGAAUGCUGAAAGAGAAUCGUGACCAUUACUAAAACCAAAACCAAAGAGGGACGUCAUUCAGCAACUACAAAAUCAAUCUCUUUCGGUGCUGUUUACGAUUAAAGGCAAAAUGGAAGAAAAGGCACUGAAUUUAGAAAGAGCCAAGUUAGCUGAGCAAGUUGAGCGAUAUGAUGACAUGAAAGAUGCGAUGAAAUCUAUUGUUGAUGCUGGAGAACCACUUACGUCUGAGGAACGCAAUCUACUGUCGGUGGCUUACAAAAAUGUGUGUGGGGCUAAGCGUUCGGCAUGGAAUAUUGCGAAUUCUAUUGAGCAGAAGAGUACCUCAUCAGAAAUUCAGAAAAAAGCUGUAGCAGAAUUCAAAUCCAAAAUUAAAAAUGAACUGAAUAAUAUCUGUGAUGAAGUUAUUGGCCUUAUUGACAAAUGCCUAGGCCAUUGUGAUUCCGGUUCUGAUACGAGCAAGGAACAAGAAACAUUUUUCUACAAGAUGAAGGGCGACUAUUACCGUUAUCGCGUAGAAGUGGCUACGGAAACUGACAUAAAAGAAAUGUUAAUUUCCAAUGCUAAAGACGCGUACAAUAGCGCAACUGAGGCUUCAAAUAGUUUACCGCCUACCAAUCCCAUAAGGCUUGGUCUUGCGUUAAACUUUUCGGUCUAUCAUUACGAGAUUGAGGAUAAACCAGAAACAGCUUGUGAAGUCGCAAGAAAAGCAUUUGAUGAAGCAAUAACCGAGCUGGACAGCUUGAAAGAAGAUAGUUAUAAAGAUUCAACUUUAAUCAUGCAACUACUUCGAGACAACAUUACACUGUGGACUUCGGAGCAAGAACCUGAAGACUGAAUAAUAAUUUAAAGACUUUAUUCACGUAAUGAUAUUCUAUUAUUGUCAUGUCAAAUAUAUACAGGAGGCGGCUCUACAUAUGUGCUCAAUAUAGUAAUGCUAGAAAUUGCAUUGUUUAUUUUGUAUUGUAUUUCUGAAUGAUACACUAGUAUGUCCAAUCGAUCUACCAUUUUGGUUUUACACAAAACUAAUUAAUAAUUAAUAUAAAAAUAUGAAGAAUUAAUUGUAAUGUUUAUGCCACUGUUAUUCCACUGCAAUUGUAUUGUUUAUGCGU